GGGGAGAGUCGGAGCGGAUUCCAUUGGGAAAGACUGCAAAUCACUCCGGUUCGAGCGCGUGGGGGGGAGGGAAGAAGGGGGGAGGGAAGAAGCCAAGAGGAUCGCCGUCCACCCGCGGAGGCUGCUGCUGCUCCUGCUCCUGCUGCUUACCUUUGCCGGCGUGUCUUCCUCUCUCGCUCUCUCCAGCAGCCAGCCAGGCAGGCAGGCAGGCAGCUUCCUGCGCUGGGGAAGAAAGGCAGGAGAGAGAGAGAGGAGCCAGAGGAGCCCCGGAGAAAGAAAAAAAAGCAAAUAUAUAUAUUAAUAUAUACAUAUUAAAGAAAGAGGGGGAAAAGAUCUUUGGCUGGAGGGAAAGAAAAGCCAGGAAGAAAAGGCACCAGAAAGAAGAGCGCGCGGGAGGCAGCAAACUUGCCGCUCUCUUGUCACUGGAAAAUGACACUUGAGGUAGCCAAGGGCGCCGCCGCCGCCGCCGCCGCAGCAAAAGCCGCCGCCGCUCCAGUCGAUCCUAUUGUUUCUUAAACUGCCUUCUUUCUCCGGCGAUCCCAAGGAGGGUGACUUCGGCGCGGAACGGGGACGGCGCCUUCGUCCUCCGGCUUCUGGCGCGAUCCCGGCCAGCGAACAAACGAUCGUCGUCAUCUUCAUCAUCAUCAUCAUUUUUUUAAAAAAAAUAUUAUUGUUGUUAUUCUUCUCCUCCAAAGGCCACUCCGCCACGCAGCCUCUACAAGAACCAGCGCGCCACCAGCCAAGCCAAGAGCAUCCGCGGCCAACCCCGGGGGAGGGCGAUUUCGGUCCCCCUCUGGAUUCUCGCUCGUUUUGUUUUUCCUCCCCCGCUGCUGCUGCUUCUCCCUUUCAAUGUCUGUGUUUGAUUUUCUCUGAUUUGCUUUGAUUCCAGCAGCGGUUCCAGAGAAAAAGAAAGAAAGCAAAGCAAAGAGCGAGAGAGAGAGAGAGAGAGAGAGAGAGAAAGCAAGCAAGAAAAAAAAAACACUCCCUGGCGAUUUAUUAUCAUCAACACUAUUCUUUGUUGUUGUGUUUUGUGUUGUUGUCGUUCUCUCUCUCUUAGAUCUAUAUUAUUACUAUUUUUUAAGAAGAAGGGAGGGUCCUGGUUGCUUUUAAUUCAUGUUUGGGAUCCAGGAAAGCAUUCAGCGGAGUGGGAGCAGCAUGAAGGAAGAGCCCCUCGGCGCGGGCAUGAACGCGGUCAGGACCUGGAUGCAGGGCGCCGGCGUCCUGGAUGCAAACACGGCCGCGCAGAGGUACGUAGGCGCUGGCGCAGCAUCCCUCGCUCCCCUUGCCUUGCCCUCCUCUCCCUUCUUGUCUCAGCAGGCUACCUCUCCAGCAACACCAGCUCUCCGCAGCCGACUUUUUGCCUGCAGGACUUUUGCGCUGGGGGCACUUUUUGUUGUUGCAAGCGCCUUGUCAGUGGCGUCUUUACGCGCGUUGGCUCUUCCUUCCUAGUUGGGCAAACACGUCUUUCUCUGUCUCUCGCUCACACUUUCCAUUUCCCCUCCUCCUCCCCAAAAUGGUUUUCACAAUAUGUUUACUCUUCCGAUGCCCCCAGUCUCAUAACCGUCUCUCCAUCUCUCAAAAAAGCUACAUUAAUAGGUGCAACGCUCUUCCUUCCCCAGCAUAACCCUCCAGAAGAUAUAAGCACUCAUGCGAAUUGACCCCCGUUUCCUCCCAAAGCCUCGAUUUUUGUGAGUGAGUUGCAACAGGCAAUGAACUUUUUCUAGAUGCACAACGCUAGACGCGUGUGUGUGUGUCCCUUCUGCAAAACCUUUGCAAUAUUUAUUGGUAGUCAUCCUCCUCCGCGGAUGCUCUUCCCGCCCUCCACAGCCUUGCAUUCUGCAAAGCCUCUGUCCCGGACAUCUCUAAAUCUUUCUCUUUCACACACCCCUCUUGCUGUCCGUGUUUGCGCGGAAGCAAGUCCGAAUUAUUGCCGUGGGACUCGCCUCCAAGCCAGCCCGGGUUCGGAUUGCAGCCUGGGGCGCAUUUGCUAAGACGGAUCCGGAACCAAGAGCCAAUUCUCGGUUUUAACUGUCAUGUUCGGCUGUAUUUCAUGUCCGUCCUUCUCUGCCCAGUACCACCCCCAGGAAAAAUGCCCCUCUGAGGAAGGGAAAGUUUGCAGUUCUGCAGGGACAACCCAAAGGUUGAAAUGUUUAAAGUUUUCCUAGGCAGUCUGUGGCGGGAUGGUUCCCACCGCAAAGAACCGGAGAGGCGAUGGAGCCAGAGGCGCUCUUAAAAGCUCGGGCGGAAAGAUAAGGCACAUGGCGGGUUUCCCUGACAGCUGAGGCCAGAGCGGAGGGGACUGCGAAAGAACAGCGCUGGGAAAGCAAAGCUCAGCUAUCUCGGGCAGCUUAAAGCAAUCUAUAAUUCAACCUGAGCUUUACAAAGUGGAAAUAGAAGGUUUGUGGGUGGAGGUGGGUGUUUCAGGAGCAGAAUAAAUGUUUCAUAAAAAAAUAAAAUCAUGAUCACUUUGGAGAGCAUUGUUGCUUCCUUUCUGGCUCCGAGGAGCCAGGCGCUCCAACACGGGAGAGAAAGAAAGAAAGAAAGAAAGGCAGGCAACAAAAUAGGUGAAUCAAUAAGUUUGCCUCCCUUGUAGGACUGAGCCACCUGCUCUGGUUUCUCCUUCGGGCUAGUGAGUUUCACAGAAUUUUCUGCUGGAGAAUAGGAGGACCAGGCCUGAAAUGGACGUGGGUGAGGGCCCUUGAGCUGUGACCCGAAAGCUUGCUGGGCAUUUUAGAAAGCCGUGCGGGACCCUGGGCCGGGACUUCGAGUGCUUUUCGGCUCGCUAGCCCCGGCGCCCCUUACUCCGUGGCGUCUAGUGCCCUAACUCCAGCGAGGGUGACCAGAAAGGCGGGCAGGGGUGGCAUGUGGGAGAGAGAGCCCCUUGGAGAUGGGAGUUAAGAGGGUCUUGGGACCGCCUCGGGGCUCUCUAACCGUGUGUGUCUUUGGCUGCAGCGGGGUGGGCCUGGCCCGAGCUCAUUUCGAGAAGCAGCCGCCUUCCAACUUGAGGAAAUCGAACUUCUUCCACUUCGUGCUGGCUCUGUACGACCGGCAGGGGCAGCCGGUGGAGAUCGAGCGCACCGCCUUCGUGGGCUUCGUGGAGAAGGAGAAAGUAAGUGAACGUGUGAAGUGCGGGGUGGGUGGGUGGUGAAGAGGCUCCGACUGCCUCACCUGCGAACUGUAACCCUCCCCACCCCUUGCACAGCCCAUCACAGAGAGAGAGAGAAAGAGAGAGAGGGAGGGAGCGCAAUUCCACACCUCCAUGCCUUAAAAUUAGUUUUGCAACUAUUUUGCACGCUAUUUGGGAGCGGGGGCAUAACAUUGCCUUUGCAAAAUCCCUACCAGACGAUUCGCCUUCCAAACGCUCACAGGGUCCCUUUCUCCCCUCAGAACCUCCACCCCAAUUGAGCCAGUUUGACAACUUCAUGCCACUACAACGCCCCCACCCCGUCGAUUGCCUUCGUGACAUCAAGGCGUGUCCCCUCCAUCCCUGGGCUUCCCUCGUGGGCUUCUCUUCGGUUGCAGCCCUGCCCCAGGCUUCUCUCUCCCUUCCUUUAGGCACUUUUGGUUACGUGCUUCAAGCUAAAUCCCCGCUUGAAUGGGAAAAAGAAAAAAGAAAGAAAGCGGGAUGUGUGUGUGUGUGUUUGUGUGUAGAAACUAAGAACAAAGUAAAGGAAAGCGCAGAGUGAGUUUGGAGCCUCUCGGUGGUCUGCGAUCGUUCUUAUAUGUGUGCGCCCCUUUUCCAUUCAGGAAGCCAACAGCGAAAAGACGAACAACGGGAUCCAUUACCGGCUGCAGCUCCUCUACAGCAAUGGUGAGCCCCUUUCCUGGCUCGGCCCAACCCUGACAGCUCACGGCGGCUUGAAAGCUCUAGGGAGCUCCCUGGCUCAAGUGAACUGUUUACUCCUGGAAGUGAGAAGCCGGGGAGGGGAGAAGGGCUCACCUCGUCGGGAUGCUUUAGGGGGGAAAUGGAUCAGAGGAAAAGAAAAGGGAAAAAGCCACCUCUCCAGUAGUCCCAUAAGGCAGGACAGAUUCUCUUUCCUUCCCCACGUGGCGACUGCUUUCGCUUUGCAUGUUUCCAGCUCACCAGACACAACGUUCCACUUUGGUCAGUCAAACAUGGAGGCAGCCAAGGCGGAGCAGGGAGGGGCAGCUGCCUCCCUCCAAAUCAAUAUAAAUCAGUAAAAAUACAUAGCAAACGGAGGUUCUGUCCCCCAAAGCCCUGCUCCCCUAAUAAAAGGCCUACCCUCCAAAAAAAUCUUGUCUACGACCAUGCAGUCAAACUCAAGGAAAAGAGGGAAAACUCUAUUUUCGCCUCCACUCUCCCUUAUAAUAUAUAUGCGCUGGGGUGGGGGUUAAGGCGGGGUGACAAGUCGGACUGGGACCGAUGGGGGCAAAGGGACACCGGAAGAUCUCUCCUUUACGCGCCAUCCAAAAAAAGAAGGGAGGGGUGUCUUCGAAGUGUUUGUGUGCAUGCUGGAGUGACAAGGAAUUUGAACCCGGGUUCACUUGCUUUUCGGAAUGCUAACGUCCUUGUUAUUUUCGCGAUCCAUCCCCCAAAUUUUUUUUAGGGUUGUGCUUGGUAAUGAUGACAAUAAAUAACAGUAACAAUAAUGGUGAUUAUUAUGACAAUCGGUUCCAAGACCCUUCCCUCUUGCUCCUGGACAGCCGAGUAACCGAAGUUCAAGAAAACACCGAUCUGUCCAUUUUGUCAUUUUCUGCAUUAUUUAUCGGAACGAUGCUCUUGAUUAAUUUAUUUCUCUUCCCCACUCCCCAUUCCCCCUCUCCUGCUUGUAGGGAUCAGAACAGAACAGGAUUUUUAUGUCCGCUUAAUCGACUCCAUGACAAAACAAGUAAGUUCCUCCCGUCUUAAUUCGUGCCUGUAUACUUUCUCCCUCGGAGAGAUCAAGCUGUGUCUGGGGUGGUUGGAGGGGGCGCGCAAGCAAUGCGUUUGGUUCGGUUCGCCGCGGGUUGCAGGAAGCUGAGACUGGGGGCUGGCUCGGGGGACCAGUUGGUUGCUUGCCUGUGUGCGUCCCCAGAAUUGCGGAGCCGGCGAUCGACGUGGGGAGCGCGCCGAGUGAGGUGAGGUCAAGGCGCGUAACGUGCGACUGCUUUUGUGUGCACGCUGCGACAGGCCGUGCAGCCUAGUCCCUCUUCCUGGGGGAAGGCGCAGCCGCUCGGGCAACUUGACACAAAUCAGCAAAUUAGGGGAGGAGAGGGGGUUGGGUUUUUCUCCUCUCCCUACCCCAAGAUACCAAUUCCAUUUCAGCCCCUUUGCUGUCCCGGCCAAGUUUACCCCAAAGUAAACCCCACUUGGCUCGAUAGACCUUUGUUCCAACUGUCUGCCCGCGGAUCCUGGUUUUGCACGGCCAGGUGAAGUUGAUAAACUCCUAUCCAAACCAGUCCCACAAAGACCUGGUUUAUUGGGCGAGAGCCGGAGGGUAUUUUCUAACAUCGGCCAGAGUUUUCAAACGGGCCUCAUCUUCUGGUUCGAGCCGUGUACGGGACAGCUAUAUAUAUUCCUGCAUUGCGAGGGGUCGGACUAGAUGAUCCUGAGGACCCUUUCCAAUUCUAUGAUUCUGCUAAGAGCGGACGGUUGCCAUUGGGGCGCAUUAGGUGCGAAGGAUUUCUCUCUCUUUCCCCCACCCUCACAUUUCCUACUCCAAAUUCCUAGCCUCUUUAAAGUCCAGGUAGAGGAGAGAGCCAGCAGCCCUAACGGUUAGAGCACAGAAAGGGGGAAAGUCCGCCUAAAGCAGGAGCGAUGAGAUGACGGAGAUCUCGCCUCUGCGAGCGAGGGAUGAAGUCCAUCCGCUUGGAAAGGAAAGCGCGCCUGCGGCUACAGAGCCCAGAGCAAGCCGCGCACAGCUCAGGCGAAAGCGCGCUUUGGAAUCGGCGUUUGGCUGCGAUGGGCAAAGCGCCUCCUGCUCCUGGUUUUAGAUUGGCCGGGAGCCAGGGCGGGGUGAAGGCGCCGCCGCCUUAAAGGUACAGGAUCGCCCUCACAGCCUCCUCGCCAACCUCUCUAAUGGGCCAGGGCCAAAUAAGGAACUGAGAUCGGGUUGCGGCCAGAAGGAGGAGGAGGAGAGGCGGGGAGGGCAAUGUUAUUUGUCACACACACAGAGAUUAAUUUUGUCUCCCCCCAAAUCCGAAGUUUUAAUUAGGCACAGUUGCUGUUUGAAAUAAAUAAAUAACGUGCGGCUUCCUACUCCCUGAAGGCGUUCAGAUCACAGGAUUCUUCUCUCCCCCGCCCCCAACUCACUUUAAUUAUGCGAAUGAAAAGAAAUAGAAAACAAACACAGCCACGCAAAAAACAGCAACCAGCCAGUGUAGCAAAUAUUUAUCCUUCUCUUAUUUGCAAUGACAUUGCUAGUGUUUUUUGGUGGUUUUUUUGGGGGGUGGGUGGGUUGGGGGGACAGCGAUUAGAGCUUUGCAGCUGUAUAACUAGGCAGUGAAAUGUAUGCCGGGAGGUUAAGUGACUGUUUUAGAAAUGCUACGUUCAAAUACAAGCCUAGUUUUAAUUUGUAAUAUGGGGAGCUGUUCCUGUGAUGCAGGCUAAUUUUGAGUAUGACAUUUGCUUCAGAACGCUCAAGUUUGUGUGUGUAUGUGUACAUACCCAAAGCCAAGCAAUUGUGUUUGCAGGUAAAAGGCUACACACAGACAGAGAGAAAACCAAAACAGGAGGCAAGAAUUUUGCCUCCCCAAAUCACAAUAUUUUUGUGCUAUGAUUUAAUUAAAAACAUUUCUUUUUUUUAAAAAAAAUUCUAAAAUUAAAAGACUUUAAAAUCAGAUCUGGUUAGCAUUCAUGUUAAUCAUUUGAAAGUAAUCAGUUGAGGUACAUAGACUUAUUCUAGUUUUGUUUUUCUAUUAAAAAAGUUGGGUUUUUUGUGUAGGAGGGGUUCCUCCACUUUAAAAAGGCCAGACAAAAUCUCCAACAUUUGCACACAUUUAUAAACCAGUUUCUGGGUGUUUCAAAUUCUGCCUUUAAAAACUUUUAUUGCUUGGCUUUGUUUUUGGUGGCUUUUUGACACCAAACCAGAAAGGUCAAAGUGCUGAGUUUGUUUUAGAACACUGUCUUUGAUGGUCCCUAAACAUCUUUUCCUGCAAUUGAUGGCUGUCUUACAAUAGAAAGAAAAAGAAAGAAAGAAAAUGAAGUAAUUAUGUUAGACAAUUCCAUCAUUCAGAUACAGCUAAUUGAAAGAUACUCUUUUGAAAGAGUCUGUCGCAGGAGCUGAAACAAAAACAGGAACAAUUCUCUAACAGCAAGUCUCGAAAAAGUGGUGAACAGAAUUGGCUGAAAAUGGAUCUGUGGGCUCAUAUUUAAAUUGGCAGAAGCCCUCACAGUGCUUUGGGGUGUGUCUUGUGUAUUUCAUGAGGAAUUGUUACAAAAAUACCAUUAAAUAUUAUAAUUGAACAGCUUUUAUAUUACAGUCAUGUAAGAGAUGAUGUUUCCACCUUUCAUAAUUAUGAUCCCCUGGUGGAAAGCGACUAUUUGAGUUUCUAUAGCUUUAAAGCACUUUCCUUUAACAAGGCACUUUGCUUAUGAUUGCAUUGUUGUCAAAUCAUCUGUGAGUUUUCUUAAGAAAAUAAAAGGUGAAUAGUCUGCCAUCUUUCGCUUAAAUACGAUGGUGAGAUUUAAGCAGCCUGAAUGCAAGAUUGCAGCCUUUGUUUGUUUGUAGCAUUUAUAAUAUAGACAUUACAGACUAUAAUCACCUUUGGAGGAUGUCUCAAUUCCCCCACCCCCUUCUGUAUCUAAAUCUGCAGUGAGGAAAAAAAUACAGUAUCUUUUUUUGAGUUUGGGGUGGGAUCGAAGAGUAUCACUGACAAAUAACAUAGACAGAACCAAGAUCUGAGGGAGAAUGUUGCUACAGAACUACAUUAAAAAGCCUCUUCUGGAUGUGAAUGUAGAAAAUAGCAAGCUGUGUUGUGAAAAUACAAGUGUGUUGUGUUAUUUGCUUCCUUGUUAGGCCCAUGAAUGUGUUCAGAAGUGGCACAUGUGCCUUUAAAUAUAAUCAGUGGCUGUAUCAGUGUUUGUGUGUAUGGUGAUCUGAUUAUUAUUUCUGGAAAGCAAAGACGCUUGCUAAAUUUCUGCUCAAAACAAAUUUGCUUGGGAGGUCUCGAAGCCUGUGCGCUAGUUAAUCAAGGAAGGAAGGUCAGUGCUACAUAUGGCUUGCCAAUGUGUCCAAAUGUGGAGACAUCGCUAGCGGUUUAGCGCAGAGUGUGCAUGAUACAUAGGAGAUUCCCGAGUAACUUUCAGCUUGUAAUUAAAUUGUGCAAAGCCUGGUUGGGGAAAAAAAAAUCUUUAAUCUUUAAUGCAAGUUAAACAUAUAUUGUCAACCUACUUAGAGGGGCAGUAUUCCAGUACACACGACUCAGAACAAAUUGGAUAAUGGAAUGAUGACUCCGAAAUGAAACUGUGGCAGGAGCAUGCAUGCCUUAAUGGGGUGGCGUCAGCGGGAGACUUGCACACGUGCCUUCGUCAACAAAGAUUGUCCUACACGGCAGUCACUGUUUUGAAGACAUUUUUUGCAAAUAUUAUUUUUUAAAAAAUAUAUCUGAAAAGGUUAAUGAACAAAUAGGUUGUCCCUUUUGCCUCUAGGAAGGUGUCAGUGAAGAGACAGUAUUGAAGGGAAAGGGUGUUUUAAAUCUAUAGUGAUAUUGACAUAAGCAUGCAGGUAACUGAACUAUAUAAUCAUUUAAUUCAGAAAAAUAAACUUUAAUAGAUGGUUUAUUAUCCACAGUGAUUGCAAUCACUUUCAUUCAAUUGUAUUAGUAUUAUUAUUAUUUCUUUGUUUAAAUGUCUGGAUGCUUGAGACUCUCUGUAUGAAAAGUCAUGGACAGAUGCUGGGCUUGAGAUAUUGCUUUUUUAAAAAAAAUAAAGCAGGUUGUAAUAGUGCUUUAUGAGUCAUGGAUAUUAUCCCAACUUCAUCUGUAUGGUUUUUAAAAAAACAACCCCUAAAGCCUAAGAAUAGACAAGGGUAUAUUUUGGGUAGAAAUCUUGAAAUAGUUACUCAUGAAUAAGCCAUUGUUGGCUUAAAUGGGACAGUACCUGCAUGCAACUGCUUGCCUAUAUUUAGCAGUCUCCGACGCUGCCUAAGAAAUUAGACUUGGGUCCUGGUAUAGUGACAAAGCUUAACCCAACUGGUGAGAGCUGAUUUAGGCUUAUGGGCAUUAAUUUUGUCUCUGCAUGCAUAUAAGCAAACACCCAAUCUUACUUCCUUUGCCCCGAACAUGUGAAUUUGUCCCUGAAGUUUUAACAUUGGUCAGGCCUUCAGGUGUGUACAUGUAUCAUGUUGUGUUUAUGUGUCUAUAUCACAUUUGGCAUUGGACAUAUUGGCAAUGUAAAGCUGGAUGCCGUCGGUGCUUCUCAGCUCUGGAAUGAUAUGCAUGUAAAUAUACAUGUAUGCAACAUGAUAAACAAUACCCUUCACUGAACAACGUUAAGUUCUCUUCAGUGCUGAGAGCAGAUCUUCUCACAGUUCAGUCCUAAUGAACUUUGUAGAAAUAAGUAGAGCUGUUUCCUGCAGAACUUUCCCCCAUGUAAGGCAUUCUAGAUGCUAUAUCAAACAUUGUUUCAAAUAACUCUAUAGAUGUCUGUUCCCUCCCCUCCCUGCCACUGAGCAUGAUGCACAUGGUACAUAUGUAGUUUUCCAUUUUUGCCACGAUCCUGCUGUGCCAAUGCACACAGGUAUUCAAUCAGCUCUCUGCUCAGCAUAUUGCAUGGUUCUGUGGCUGGCACAUAGGCGAUUAAAAUAUUAUGAAUCCAUUCAGAAAAGAACUCUGCAGAAUCUGAGCUAUUGAGCACAAUUCGCCUUUGAAAACACAAGAGAGAAAGUUUGCAAUCGAGCCAGGUUCCAGCAGCUUUUAGUGUUCCUUUGGUUGCAUGUCAGAAAGUGCAGGUGAUUUUAAUUUCCUCAUAUGGAGAAGAAUGCAGAAGUCUGAAAUUUGCAUGCAUGAUCAGGACCUGUGUGUUUGGGAAAAUGUAAACUCAUCACAGUGGAAAAUGUGUUGUUUGGAGUCUGGGGGUGAAAACAAAGCUGAGGAUUUUGGAGCGACUGCCUGGGCCAGAUGGCCUAGUGCAUUCCCAGUCUGGCAGCCCAACUGCUCCCUCCUGUAUAAUAUACAGCCAUUUGUUCUGGGAUAUUUACGCUAGAGUUGUUUCCAUGUGAAUGUUUGAGAAGCGUUGAAAACGAACAUAUUAAGGGGGGCAAGAAUUUUAUUUAAUUCAUGUGAAUUCAAGUUGAUUAGUGAGCUAACAUGCCAGGGAUGAGAGAAUGAUAACAAUGAUUAGCGUAUUUUGGUUUAGGGCUGUUGAGCAAGAAAAAUAAUCGCUAUAUUUUGGGGGCCAGUCUGGGCAAUCCCUUAUUGCUCUACCUAUUAAAACAUUAUAGCAAAUAAUGAGGGGCUGCUCUGCAGGCGGAAAUCAGAAUUAGUGGCUGGUUAAAUAUUGCAAGUGGAAAUUAUUUUAAUCCAGAAUCUAAGCACUCAUUCCUAAAUAUUUCCAAGGCUUUAUCAAUACAACAUGAUAGUCUAAACCCUUAUGAUUGGUAUUUUAUGAUUAUCUAAAUAGUCUUUGCCCUUCUUCAGACAUAGACCUAUGGAUGCAACCUGAUGUAUAAAAUGCUUCUUUUAUGUGGACACCUAUUUGUCUGCAUAAUGUUAGAUAGCACUCAGAUAUCCCAAGUGGUAAGAGAUAAUUUGCUGGAUAUAGGGACAUAGGGAUUGGUUCGUGACCAUUUAUGCACAUUGGGUUAUAUCCAGUGGUGGUGUUCAGCUAACAGAAGACUGCUGUCAGCAGAAAGGAGACUUUGGCAAUUUCAGGCAAUUAUCCCACCCAUCCCUGCAGCCCCCCUCACCUGCCAUAAAUAUGGUGCAGAGGUUUGGAGGAGUGGGUGGGGAGAAAUUGCAAAAAAACCCAAAACUUAGUACCCUAUUCUGCAGAUGAAAACCUUACUGCCUGCUCAGCAACAUUGUUGGAUACAAUCCAGCUAAAGUUAGCUGCUCCUAAGUAACAUUGCAGCUAAUGGAACAAGUUAGUUAUGACUGUAGAGCACGUCCCGCAGGAAUAUCCAAAUCUGUGCAUUUAAAAAAACCCCAGUGUGGUUGGACAUAUAUCCCAAUGAGUCAGAGGUCCUGUUCUGGAGGGGGUUGCACUCCUAAUGAGUGAACCAGUGCAUAGUUUGGGUUGCUCCUAGAAUAUUUGUUGUUGAGGAGCACCUCUUUUCAGCUUUGGCUGGUUCACCAGCUGUUGCCGUUCUAUGACAGGGAGAACUUGGCUCCUGUGGCCCAUGUGCUGAUAACCUCAUGUUUGGAUUACUCUAUGUGAAGCUGCCCUGGAAGUUUUGUUGCAUGUGGCUAGGCUCCUGUCAGAGCAGUGGUGGGCUUCACAAUUUCAGUGGCUCCCUGUGCAAUGCCAAAAUUCACCCCCUCCCACCUCUUACUUUCUGUUAUUCAUCAUUGUUGCUGUUCCCUCUCGGUUUGGCACCCAGUGUGGGCGAACCAGUCGUGUUCCCUUAAAUCCACCCCUGGUCAGAGGUGGCCUGCAGUGAGCACGAAUUGUGGAAGAACUGCAGUGGCUUCUAAUAUGUGACUGAGCCAGUUUCAUGGUACUUGUGUACAGAAAGCCCCAAACAACUUGGAAACUCAAUUCCUGGGAGAACACCUGCUCCCCUAUAGACCAGCCUGUAUAUUAAAGUCAGCUAAGGUGGCUCUCAACAGCCUCACCAUUUUUUGAUAUUUGUAUGGCAGCGUUGUGGGGGAGAGGCUUCUCGGUGGGGGCACCUUGCCUUUGGAAUGCUCUUCCCUUUGAAAUAGGAUGGAUGCUGAUCCUGUUCAGCUUUGGGCACCAGCUAAAGACUGGACUUUUUGCUCAGGCCUUCCUCAACAUUUAAUGUCAGACUUAUUUGUCCUGACCUCUUCGGGUUGCCGUGCAUUUGCUCCUGUUCUUAAGCUGUUGAGUGUUUUUUGUGUUGCUUUUAACUUGUAACCCACUUUGAAAUCACUAGCAAUGAAAAGCAGGAUAGAAAUGUUUUUAAUAAGUAGUAGUAGUAGUAUGUAUGUAUGUAUGUAUGUAUGUAUGUAUGUAUUUAUACCCCACCCAUCUGACUGGGUUUACCCAGCCACUCUGGGCGGCUCCCAACAGAAUAUUAAUAACACGAUAAAACAUCAAACAUUAAAAACUUCCCUAAACAGGGCUGCCUUCAAAUGUCUUCUAAAAGCCAUUUAUUAAAAGUUAUUUCUAAAUUAAUAAACAUAAUGGUCCUAGUUGGAGGUAAGGAGAAAGGAUUUAAUUGCCUUUUUAAUAUACUUUUUCAGCCUCCUAUCAAGACAUACCCCAGAGUUAAAACUACAAAAGACAAACACACCCACACCGGGGGGGGGGGGGAAUUGCAUCACAUGGUUGUUUAUUUCUUUACCCAUGUGGGUUAUGGUGUACAUUUGCAAAAUUAUUUUUAGUACUACAGUAGUCUAACUUUAUACCGGGGUACUUUCACUUCACUUCUUCCUAAUUUAUUGAUCUCCUUUUGUAACUGGGUUUCACCGGAGCAGAGCCCUGCAUAACUUUGACAAUUAUCCCACCAAAGGUCUUGGUUUCAUGAACAGAGCAUAAAAAAUAUUUGGAAAUAUUUAGAUCAAUACACCAUUUUCAUUUAAUGCAUACAAUAGAAGGGUUGUGCAUGCGUGCCUGUGUGUGUAUUUAAAGGAAUCAUAAUUUAGCAACUUCCUGUAGUGGGACCUGAGUUUCUGUCAGCUGCAAAGAUCUGAGACUGUUCUUCCUUCCGUCCUGAAACCAACUGUUGUAAAUGUUUGCCGCCAUGGUUUGUGAGCACAGACAGCAACUGUAAGCUAACCAGUCAGCCCCACACUUCUUAUAUUGUGCCAUUUGCGAGAAGAGGUAACAUCCUAAGAGUGGCUUAGAGAGCCAAAAUAGAGUGGCACCCUGUGUAUCCUGUUAUUUGAUAAUUCAUCCACAGAGGGGUGGGGAUUCUUUUGGUCUUCCAGGUCCUUCAUUGCAGCUUAGAGGUCUGCAAACUUAUUCUUCCAAAUAAAUCUAGUUUGCCAUUUUUUAGCCUUGGUAAUGGCGCAAGGGAAGGAUAACAAGAGGCUCUUCUCCACAGGCCCUUAAUGAAUUAAAUACCUGCAACAUUCUAGACACUCGCAUGUCAAGUUUAGCCAAGUAACGCCAGCUUAUUGAACAAACACUAAGGACCACUUCUUGCAAUUUCUCUGCCCAAGACAGUCUCUUUCCUCCCCUUUGACUGGAUUUCACUCUGCAGCAGGCAAAGUGUUCAUGGGACUUGGCCAUUGAGUGCAUGGACUGUCCUUUUUUUUUUGCAUGCUCUUGCUUUUGCAUGGUGUUGGUCAUAUCCACUGCAUUGUUUCUGCAUGAACACAUGGUGCAUCAACCUGCUCAACAUAGUUGGGUGAAAUGGAUCUAAUUUCCCUGGUGCUUGUGCACAGAUCCUAAGCACCUUGGAUGGACCAGGCUCACAUAUAAUGUAGGGGCAAUCUUGGCAGGAAUGUUGUGUUUGUAAGUGUCCCUUAUGUCAAGUCGGACCAGCUUUCUAAGCAUUGUCUAAACUGACCGGUAGUAGUAGCUCUCCAGGAGAUGUCAGGGACUGAACCUGGGACUUUCUGCAUGCAAAGCAAAUGCUCUGCCACUGAGCUAAGGUCCUUCCCAACACAUGCAUGGCAUUUAAUGCAAUUCAUUGAACAGCUAUUAUCAGUAAACAAUCUGAAAUGCGGGUAAAAUUAUGUUUGGUGAAAUAGGCUCCUAGAACUGGCUUGCCUUUUUGUUCUUGCAAAGAAGGAAAUACUGAGGAGCAUCUGCACAACCCAACAGUGUGUGUGUGUGUGUGUGUGUGUGUGUGUGUCUGUGGGGGGGGGUUAAGGUUGCCAACUUUCAAAUCGGCACAUGCAGCUCUCUCUUCAAGCACAGUUUGAUAGGCAGCAAUUGGCAGGUGAUAAUGCUUAGCUGCAAAAGUGGUGCCUGCUGGUUUAUGCAAAUCGAAGCUUUGUUAUAGGGCAGGAGUGGGUUGUUUUUGCUUUUAUCUAGUUGGCAAUCCUAAAGGAAAUGCAAAACUUUUGGUAACCUCUAUAUGUGGCUUAUAGAAUGGGAGCUGAAAAAAGUAGGCAGCGUCCAUCUCCCAGCCAUGCAUUCUGUUUUAAUACAUGCAGUUGCCUUGAUAAUAGCUGAGUGCAAAGAAAUUGAAGUGAGCCCCUAGUGCAUCGCAAGGCUAAGGAUGUUAUGCACGUAAGCAAAAGGACUGCUGAUGUUAAACACAACAGACAGGUGAUUAGAUACCACACUGUUGACUCUGUUUGUUCAUUAUUGCUAUUUAGCUGGGUUUUGUUUUUUAAAAAGUAGGUACCUGGAGGUUAAGUAAGCAUAGCAGAUGCAUGGAGAGGAAGUGAAGAAAGGGAGGGAAUUAAAUCUGCUUGCUCUUAUUUGUAGCUGCUAGUGAAGCUGAUGUUGCUGCAAUUAAACUCACAUUGACUCCGGUGCCGGCAAGAUUGGCAGCUGAGCAUGCACAGUGGUGGGGCUUCAACAUUUUCAGUUCUUACUUAAGUAGGGGGUGGGAUCCUUUGGGGCCCUACUGUGCUGUAUUAAAUGCAAAAUCAAUUAUUCAGCACAAAACACCAUUGCCCCAGCUUCGCUGGCUUUUUGGCAGCGCCCCGAUAACCUGACAUAUCAAAUGCAAUUAAGCCUUUGGUAUUCUUCCAUUCCUGCGGUCAAAAAGUCCACUCUUGAUAACAUACAAACCCCACAGCAUCAAUCACUUGUGUUGCCUUUUGAUUCUAGGAAGAUUUAAAAAAAAAUCUAAACCUGCAAAAAUCACAGUAGACUAAAACUUCAUUUAUUUAAAUAAUUGAUUUAUAUUUAUAUUAAACGAACCUGUAUCUGGUCCUGAUGAUUUGCAGGUAAACCUCUACUUGUAAAUAUUCCUUAAAAAUUCCACGAGGCAAAUUACUGUGUGUUUUUUAAAAGCACCAUCUGAUGUAGGAAUUAGUACUAAUGAUUCUAGUGCAGUAUAGUGUUUACUUGCACAGAUCCAGAACUCUGUGUGCACUCCGAUGUGCACCCAGACCCCCUUACAUGGAGUGGUUUCCUCAUUCACUUUAAUUGUGUGCAAGACUCAAUCCAUGGGAAUGUUUUUCUGCCUCUCUGCACAGCAGAUCCCCCUCAUCUGCAAGAGAUCUCUGGAUCACCACAAAUGCUUUUAACAUGAGGGUUUCUCUGUGUUUCCAAGCCCAGGGACCUGUAAGUUAGAGCUGGUUCAAGCAAUUCGGUGAGGCGCGUGGCAGAGUCUGGGUGAAACUGCCUCACGGCACCUUAGGGAGAUGGGAUGUUUCAAACCACCCCUAGUUCUCCUUGCACAUCCAAAACCCACUUCAUCUGCAUGCACUGGCUUUGCACUUACAGAGGGAUUUUGACAUGGAGUGCUUUCAUGUUAAGUCACCAUUAUGGAAAAGUAUGAAUCAGCUCAAAGUUCCACUGAAGGCAGUGAGAUGUGCCUGUAAAUAGGUGAGUGGAUAUGGAGUUGUCUAGCCCAGUGCAGUUCACUCUAACUCAGUAGUGGGAGCCAGAUGUGGCCCUCCAGGGCCUCUUUAUCUGGUGCUCAGCAGCCCUAUUUCACACCUUCAAGUAUUUUUUUUGCCUAACUGGAAUGUAUCCUUGAACAGAUCAUGCCUCUUGGUUGCCUGGAGUGAAGAAUAUAGAGGUGUGUGUGUGUGUGUGUGUGUGUGUGUGUGUGUGUGUAAACAAGCCCGCUGUAGAAAGGUAAACAUUUGCUGGUUCCCACAAUUUUGCUUCUCACCCCUGGCAUUGGGCCCCCUGCCAUGUGCCCAGAUGGCACUGUGGACAUUGAUCAGAUACUGGCUCUAACUGGCAUCAAUUCUUAAAGACUUCAGGCACCGAUCCUUUGCAGCCCUGAUCCCCAAGAUCUGUUUAGAUGAAAGAUGCUGAUGGUUGGAAACGGCAUGCAACUAGCAGUGUUACCGAGCUGCAUCCCUUUCUCUAACCUUUUUCCCCCUUGCAGUACUGAGCUCAGAUCCUGCUAAGCAUGUCAGGAUGGGAAGCCAGUGGCUUUUCAAAAGGGAAAAGAGAAACGCACUUGGUAAACAAAGCCCCAGUGGGUGAAACAAGUGGAACAAUAUAUGCAAAGGAGUACAGGUUGAAAUCCCUCUGAAAUGCAAGCUAAGAUCUUGGUUGAUGAGAAAGGGGUAAGAUCUGGGCCCAGGGAAGACACACUCCUCCCCCCCAAACCCUCUGCAAUAAAGUUAGAUGCCGAGAAAGUCCCUCUGUACAAGCUCUGUUAGAGCUUUUUAAAAAAGUGACGUUGGCGUGAAGGCUGCAGAAAGCUACAGCAACAUCAGUGCUAUUAUUUACGGCACUACUAAAUCAUAUUAAAAUAUAGUAUACCGUACUGGAGUGUGAUAAUACUAUGUUUAAGCAAUUACUUUUGCUGGCUAAGAUUCAUGACUGCUGCACAGGCAAACCUCACCCCCUCCUAUCGCUUUCAGUGGGCAACCUUUUCAAAAGCAAAGUUACCGCAGUGCCAAGCCGUCUCAUUUUAUGCAUGGCUUUGUUCCGCUUGUUUAGCUGUACUAGUUUGCUUGAGCUGGCCACACACACACACACAGGAAUUUUACUUGUUGGUUUGUGUUAGGGAUGCCAUGAAACGACUUAUACUUUUAAAAGCAAAGUUUUUAUGCAGUACCCUUUUUAGUAAGGGUGUGCCAAAUGAUGCUGCGGACUGCAGCUCUGGCAUCAUAGAAUUGUGGAGUUGGAUGGGACCACAAGAGUCAUCUAGUCCAACUGUUUGCAAUGCAGGAAUCUUUUGCCCAAUGUGAGGCUCGAACCCACAACCCUGAGAUUAAGAUUCUCAUGCUCUACCAACUGAGCUAUGUGCAUUUUAAUUUAUUUAUAUAUUUGAAUGUUUAUGACCCCCCGUUUUUCAUAAAAUAUACCAAGGCAGCUUACAACAUAAAAUGCAAUGGAACCUCUCUACAAAUGUCUAUAAAGCGUAAUGAAAAACAUCAAUAAAGCAUCAGUAGAUAUUGGCUGGUAUCUACUGAUACAUUGUAAAUAUACAUUGUCUCUUUGAAGCAAAUGGGAGUACGAGGCUAAGUUAGGUGUGAGCCACAUUUAUUUGUAUACAUCUUGAAACGAUUCACUCAUAGACAUGAAUAUUGCCUAAACCUGUAAUAGGAAGCUGGUUAUAAGUCAUUCAAUGACUAUGCUGCCUAAAGUGCUACAACUCCCUCUUGAGGAAAGCUAAUUCCACUCUCUACCUCCAAAACAAAACAAAACACUCUAAUGGCCUUCCUUAGUUAAGAUAGUCAAAAUUUCAUUUUUAGGAAGGCUUUGGGGACAUAAACUGUUGUUUCCCUUUUGAAGUAGUUUUAAUGGCUGUGGUUACAUUGUUUUUGAUGGAUUUUUUUUAUUUAAAAAAACACAUUCUACUCUCUCCGUUGUUUUAAUGUUUUAUAGCUGUUGUUUUUCUUUCCAUUGCCAAAUUGUUUUUAGAAUGGUUAAGUUACUGUUUCAACUUGCAUCAUUAACUACCUUGGGCUCAUUGAGGAAAGGCAGGCUAUAACCAUUUUGAAUGAAUGAAUGAUAGCAAAAUGGAACACCCAUGUUCAGAACCAGUGUACCUGACAUAAGAACAGGUCAGUGGGAAUAACUGGCCCCUGGAAUAACUGGAAUUGCUCGGCCACUGCAGGAGACAGAGUGGGCUAGGCAGAACUUUGGUCUGAUUGAGCCAAGGCAGUAUUUUCCUAUUCUUGCAUUAUAUAGAAGCAUUGAUGGAAGAUGCAGAGGUGGUUUUAGGGCAGUGCGACCAGUUCCCCAACACUGGGCACCCAGUGCAGAGGGAGCCUGGUAAGCACUUGCUGAGCUAGGAGAAGGAGACGUGAGGGCUCUGACAGGGUCCUAGAGUCCUCUCACCUUCUUAAAGCCUAAUUACUGCUUUGGGAAGGAGGUAGGAAGGCUCUAGGACCCUUCCAGAGCCCUCCUCCCUCUUCCCCAAAGCCUGGCAUGGCAUGAGGGCUGGGGUGGCAAGUUUUGGGCUAGCUUAGGCCACCACAGUACCAAAGUCUGCCCAGGAAGAUGCACACAUGGUUUUGUAGGUCAUCUGGGUAUCUACAAAUGCUAUUUCACUCAUUACUGGAGACAGAAGACAGGAAGAUGCACCUCUAUGCAGCACCUAAGUUACUGGUGAAUUUGGAAGCAUUUCCUGCCUGCGGUUGGUAAAGCACAGGGGGAGCACAUGAGGACAAAGGACAAGAGAGCUUCUGUAUUUUUUAAAACUGUUGUGUAGAGGAGGGCGUUUCAGUCGACGCAGGCUUUCUUGCCGUUGCAGGAUAAGCCGCUCCUGCUGAAAACACCCCCUUUCUUUGCAACUAGUAAAGACAAAUACAGGAGCCCUGCCCUUCUCUGCAUCUGCUCACCCUAGUAAAAGGAGUUUACUAAUGGCCUACCUUUAACAAGAUGGCACGAAAGGUUAAGUAUUGCAAAUGCAGAGCUCCAUCCUGCAAAAACAUAUGCCCCUGCACAGCAGUACACCCUGCAUGAGGUUGUUUGCCAUUUUUAUUGGACCUCAAUAAAUAGCUUGUUGCAGGUUUCAGCAGCCAGCCUUUUCUUUUAGGGUUGCCAACUAUUGAACUGAACCCUCCCCCCCCCCCGCUGGCCAUAGCUGUUCCUUUACCAGCCAUUUGAUCAGCAUCAAUUAGCAGGUGAGGGCAGUUCUGUACCAUAAAAAUCUUUGCCUGCUGAUUGCUGCAGAAUAAAAAGUCUUUUAAAGGGCCAGACCAAUGAUUUUGUGUUCUAGCCCAUUAGGCUUCAUGGUCUUAUGGAGGAUCCUUUCUCUUUAAACAGCAACAGUGUAUUACUCCUGCAGUGUUUGGGGGCCCUUCAGCUGAAGGGGGACAUGGGUGUCUGCCCCAAAGUCCUUCCCUGAGAUUCUCUUUGUUUUCUCUUUGUUGUGCAGUCAUAUUGACCCCCCCUCCUGGGGGGGGGGGGAAUAUGUGGGGGGAAACUGUAAACUUCCUUCAGAUGGCGCAUGGAUUUCUGUUGUGAUGUAGAAUGUUGCGGUGUGCAAAUGGCAUAGUGGCACAGCUUCCCCUUCCUUGUCAGUUUUUGCAGCCCAGGCUGAUGCUUUAUUUAUUGACUCAGCUGUAAGCUCCACCAACUUAGAGUCAGCCUGUGCAGGACUGCACCCUUAAAGGUACAGGAGCAGGCGGAAUGGGCAGACCAGGACAGCUUGAAGUCCCACCGUUUGGAAAUGAUUUAUUCCACACAUUCUGUGGCAGCAAAAAUCUGGGCUGGCCACCUAGAGAACACGUGACAGGGAUCUGCUCCCUGACAAGUGUGGCUGUGUGCGACAUGCAUGUUUGUAAACAUGUACUGAUCACUUACCACUUUGAGGCAUUUAUUUAAUGCAUCCUAGGCUAGAGCUAGAUGCUGCAAAACAAACAUAUUCCUAACCCUGGGCUUGUUUGGUUAUUGCAUUUAUACCCCAUCUAUUUCCCUCCAAGGAGGUGAUGCACAUGGUUCUCCCCCUCCUCAUUUCAUGCCCACAACAGCCCUAUGAGAUAGGUUAGGCAGAGAGGUGGUGGCUGGCCUAAGGUGACCCAGUGAGCUUCUUAGUAAAGUGGCGAUUUGAACCCUGGUCUCCCAGGUCCUAGUACGACACUCUAACUGCUGCACCAACACUGGCUGUCAAGUUUACCCCUGACCCCAGUGUGGGAACAACUGCUGGGUGAAUUGGCAGAUAGCAUGAGGGUGCUUAAUCCUUCUGCUGCCGCCCAGUUCUCCCUUCCCCCUCUCCUUGUGGCUUGCUUCUUCCCCCUUUUUUUCUGACCAGCUAUAUCUGAGCCUAGAAAUAUGCCUGGCCUGGGAAAGGGAUGAGGUUUGGGGAGUACUGGCAGAUGGGAGGAAGAUUAAGCGGCCCCUCUCCACCCCCUCAGUUGUUCCCCAUCUCCACAUUAUGACCAACAUGUCUUUGAUGACUUAACGGGUGUUGUUGGUCUCUAGAUUCCCUCAGCUUUAGCCAGCAUGGCCGGUGGUCAGGGAUGAUGGGAGUUAUAGUACAACAACAUCCAGGCAACCCCUACCUCCUCACCCUGGAUUACCAUAUUGUGUCACAUAAGGUGUAUGCCUAGAUAGAUAACACAUGAAGCAGACUUAAAUACUGACAUGGCAUUUUAGGUACUGGUGCAUCUGUGUUACUGGCUUAGUCUCUUGUUUUCCAGAACUUGUUUGUUUGCAUUGACAGGAAUUUACUCUCCUUUAAUUUGUUAGCAUAGUUAACUAGGCUGGAGUUUUACAGGGCACGUUGUGAAUCAGGUUCUGUGCUCUGGUAGUAGCUAGUUAAGUGUACAGCCAUGCUUUUUGAAUUAAAAAUAUAUUAACUUUUUCUUUUUAUGAAUAGGCCCCAUAGUGUUCUGAGCUUUCCUGGUUUUCCCGCCCCCCCUCCUCCCUGCUAUUAAGUUUAUAUUUUAUUCUGAAUUGAAAAGAACAUUGUGGUUGUCUUGACUACUAAAAAAGCUUAUCCUACACACCGCUCAGAAGAUGUGCAUAAUGCAUCGGUUAAAACAGAAGGGGGGGGGGGGGAGAGAGAAAAGCGCAGAGCAAAGCUCUCACUCUGCUCCGCUUCUGGGACUCUCCAGCAACAAAUCUCGAGGCAAUUUCUGCUAGGAUGCCGUCUGUUUAAGCAAAGCUAACUGGCUUGCCACAUUGUUAUGCAUUCAUGUGCUGUGUCGGUGAUCAUUUUCUUCAGGCACAUUCACUUUGCAGGUUAAAAAUAAAAUAAUAAAAUAAAAUCCCCCUUCCUGUUUCUCUUUCUUUCCAGGCGAUAGUGUACGAAGGCCAAGACAAGAACCCAGAAAUGUGCAGAGUUCUGCUCACCCAUGAAAUAAUGUGCAGGUAAGAAAGCUCCUGUCACCAUUUAAUUAGCAAAUGCAAAAUUAAUUUCUGUCUCAAAAAAGAAAGCGAGGUGGGGGGAUGAAAGUAGGUUGAUCCUGUAAAUAUUUUGGAAUGUAAAAGCAUCACUUUCUUUGCUUCUAAGAAGCCCAAAAUAACACAGUUUUACGUCUGCAAUUAGCAGCAAAGCCCCCAGUCAUCAUACACAUUUUCAAUUAUUUAUUGGAGCUCAAUCCUCAACAAUGUAUGAGAAGCUUCCGUUUAGACACUGUAGCCUUAAUAGGCGCAGGAAAUGUCUUCACACCAAAAAUGUUAGCAUCUAAAUUGCUGCCUUUCGAGGAGGAGUCAUUAUCCAGCAGAAUCUCCCAGCAGUAAAAUUGCCAUGUUAGGCCGCUGGGAUCACGAUGGGCUUUCAUUCAGCCGGACAGAAAGGCAGAGGAUGUUGUCAUCUUUUUACGGAUUUACAGGUUUAUUCUCAGCAGUGAGAUGCCAUUUCGGCUGCCUGGGAAGGGCGUUUUAGGGGGCCAGGGAAGGGAAUAUGGUCUGUGGUCAAGGUGAUGAUAUCUGUAAUGCAGACAUAAGGCUUGGAUGCCGCAAGGACUCUGGUGCUCAGGUUUACUAUGGCUUCUUCGUUUCAAUGGGACCAUUCAUGGGAGCAAAUUUACACCUAUUUCGAAGCCUCGGAUAAGAGGCCAUUGGCUCGACACAAGGUUUGUCCUUGUUUGGAAAUAUUUCCACAUGUGUUUCUAUCCAGGGCUGGCUUCUUUGGAUCUGGCAGAAUUAAGCAACAGCAACUCUACUGGGGCUAUUUGGGAACUGAUCGCAGCAUCUUUUUUCUUUCUUAAAAAAAGAAAUAAAGAUGUGGGUCUUUUGCUUUUCCGAUUCCAUGAAGGAUUGCAUUAGGGUGCUGCCAGCUUUUGCACUGGGCUCCUGUGCCUGUCCCUUUAAUGGCAGUUUGAUUGGCAGCACUUAGCAGGUGAGUACGUUUAGCUGCAGGCCAUGAAGAGCUCUGCUGCUGAUGGCUGCUGCAGAACAAAUCUCUGUUAAAGGGAAUAGGCGAGGCCUUUUCUUUCUUAGGCCAUGUGACAAAACUCUCAGCAAGAUCCGUAAGCUCAUGCUAAUAGGUAUGACCCUACAAUUUCAGUGAAGCCAGUGAGUAUUUUUUAAAAUAAAUUUCAGGAAUUUCUGUGCAGUGAAACACUGAUGUAAGGAGGGAGGCCUGGUGAAAAAUGGCCCCAGAGCUCCCUUUCCUUUGAUUGCUGUGUAGGAGAAGGAAUUUCAGUAGAUAAAGCUUGGAUGACAAGCUCCAGCGGCUGAAAUUCCCUCUUCUAUUUGAGGUGCAGGAAACCUUUAUUCUUUUUCACCUGGAUACUCCACAUUGAAAAGUGGGAAAGUUCUCCAGAUGACUAUCAGAAACUCUGGUGUCAAUUGUGAAACAGUGUAUUCUUGAGGGUCUCUAGGGGUUGUAUCAAAUGGAUUUGUCCCAUGAGUGCAAGUGCUUUCACCUGCGAUAUGGGUCUUCAUUUCCCUCUCCUUUCUCUGCAUCCUCCCAAUCCACUCAGUUGGUUGGGGAAACCUCCAUCACAGAUUGGGGGCAGGGUGGUUGGGGGAAGAGGAAGUCCUGUUAGUGCAAGUCGUUCUUGCACUAACAAGACAACUUCAUUAGAUAAAAACCUAGGCUCCAAAAGUGAGACAUGGGGAUCAUUUACAGUUUUACUUACAGUUUUACUGUGCAGCAGGCAGAAAUCCAAUAGGUGAAGCAUAUCUCCAUACAGGACAGCACACACGUGUUGAAUUUCUGCCUGUUGUGCAACUGUUAAAAUUGAGAGCGCCUUGAGGUGAGAACUGUUCUAUUGGAGUGCAUAUAAUGGGUGUAAUUUGGAGAAAGUUUGAAACACCCAUCUCGCGGGGGGGGGGGGGGGAGGAAUUUAACAUUGUUUACAUUUAAGCAGCACAAAUUUCAGUCUGAUUUCUCUGGGCUCCAACUAUAUCAGAUAAGACGCUAACCACGCUUUAUUGAAGAUAGUGACAAAAUUCCCCAUGAUUUCAGUGUGAACAGAUGGCACUUGGAAUUUUAACACCCACAAGACUUCCUUUCAUUUAUAGUGCCAACACACAGUAGUCUGUUCUCCUUAAAUUAUACAAAACUCUACAUAUUUACUUUAAAUAAACCAAAAAUGCAAAAAAUAACUAGAUGUUAGCCAAUUUUAAUAUCUGUGUCAGUAAAUUACAUGGCUGCCAAUAUACCUUGACAUGAAAACAACAUUCUAGGCCAAAAUUUUGAAUUUACUUGAUGUAGUAUUUGCAUUGUUCUUAAAUGUGCAAUAGAUCUUUCAAUUUCUCACUGCUUUACAAAUGCAUGCAGGCAGGCAGAAAAGGACAUGUUGCUUGAAAUAAGAGGGUAAUACCCUGUUAAAAUAUUUUAGGGCCAAUGUGAGCAUUCUUAGAUGUUGACCAAACUAUAAAAGAUGCUCUUUUUUCUAUCUGGCUGCCUGAUCUUAAUGCACAAACCUCUGAUUGGUUGUACUGAUACCACACUUUUCAACAAUAAGGAAGGUUUGGAGGGUGUGUGUUCCAGCCUUGGUUUCUCUACCACUCGCUUCCCUGCCUGCUAUAAGUGGAAGUUGGGAUGUGCUGAAUCUGCACCAGGGGUUCAAAUGCAGCCUCAAUUAUAAGCAUAAAAUUAGAGUCUGUUCCCCAUUAAUCAGCCCAGCUAAUUGCUAUGCACUACCAUUAGCCAUAUGGUGUGAAAGACAGCUUGCUCUCUCUAAGAUGAAAUUUCUUCAUUCCAGACAUGAAAUAGUGAAGGCCCUGUGCUUCAGAAUAGCUUGUUUUAGAUAUUUAAUUCCCAAACAACUUUCAGCAGCGCCUUCGAUCAAGGCUAACGGCACAAUAAAACUUUGAGUUUAUGUCACCAAAACCGAAUAUUUACAAAAUGGAAGGGACUGUGUUGUGGAGGAAACAAAGGGCUCAGAUGUAGAGGAGAAAUCCUGGAUGAGUGGAAACGGCAAAGAACUGAAUUGAGAUUAAAAACGGGCUGCUUGUUUACUGCACAGGAUUUCCAAGUAUCUUGAAGAGAUGGUUCUUUUGGUGAUGAUAAAAAUAAGAAUAAUGCUGAGGACAGGAAUAGCUUCAUAAUUCAUAUUAGAGGAGAAUCUUCCAAAGCUAAUUUUUGUUAGUGGCCAUUGUGCAAGAGAGAUGUCAAGGUGCAACCUGACUUCUAAAGAGCAUUGUCCUCUUUUCACCAUAGAAAAUUUGUGUUAUCGUCAGCUUGUGUUUACUUUUAAAUGGCAGUUAUUGUCUGGAUGCUUUCUGGCAGGCUUCGAAGUUGGCACGAUUCAGAUUCUGGCUCUUUGUUACCAUCCCUUGGAAGCAGCAGUAAAAAGGGCAGUCAUGUGAAUGGGCCCCAAGAUCUGCAAGGGGCAGCUUCUUAUACUGUAUAGUGGUACCUCAGGUUAAGAACUUAAUUCGUUCUGGAGGUCUGUUCUUAACCUGAGGUACCACUUUAGCUAAUGGGGCCUCCCGCUGCUGCCGCACAAUUUCUGUUCUCAUCCUGAAGCAAAGUUCUUAACCCGAGGUAAUAUUUCUGGGCUAGCGGAGUCUGUAACCUGAAGCGUAUGUAACCUGAAGCAUAUGUAACACGAGGUACCACUGUACUCUCAAUGGAGCACAUUACGGGUUACAGUAUUAUUUUAUUUUGGGGCUAUCGUUCUCAUGUUCUAACAUAGUAUAACCCAGAUCAUCAUUAGCUUCUGUACAGGAUGGUUCACCUCUGCUUUUUGUUCUGUAGUGGUUUCAAGACUGAUCAUUCUCAGAGCACUAAAUGACCCAACACACACACACACACACACACACACACACCCACAAACAACACACAUACACAGAACAAAUACCUAUCAUUUAUACAGUAUAUGCCAAGCUUCACAUUGUUCAGUGCAGAAAUCCUUACAACUGCUGGGUACGGCUGACUGAUAUUCUCACCAUUAUAUAGAUUGCAGGGUGUGUGUGUGGCUAACCCAGUGAAUUCAUGACUGAUAAAGAGAUUUUAUCCAGAGCCUUCCUAUGUCAUUAGGCAUCAAAUGAGACAUGAUGUGGGGUUUUUGUGAUUGGCUCUCCAGUGCAUAUACCUCCACGAUCCUUUUGAUCAUUCGAUUUCAAUUCCAGCAUGGGGAACCUGUGGCCAUUCAGAUGUUGUUGGACUGAAGUUCCCACCCAUCCCACAUAAAAUGGCUAAUGGUCAGGGAGUAUGGGAGUUGUAGUCCAGCCACAACCUGGAGGGCACCAGGUUCCUCACCCCUGCUUUAAUGAGAUCAGGGUUGUAGUGUACCAUGACCCUGAUUGAAAUAGUCCUCCUGAAGCUGUGGACAGGGGCCCAUGUAGCGGACAUUAGUUUCAGGUGUGUGUGAUUUGGAUCAGCCCUGUGCCUCACUGCACUACAGCCCCAGUCCAAACUAGACCCUCUCAUGGCUGCUUUUAAAGAGGUGGGAAAACAUCCAGUGAUCUAGUUACAGAUGUUUCAUGCAAAACCUAGUUUGGUCUGCAGCUCUCGUUUUCUUAAAACAACAACAACUCUGAAUCUUCAAAAUGAAUUUGCUUUGAGUUGUAUAUUUCUUGGCAUGGUCCAUAUGUUGUUUUUUAAAACAACAACCACCCAGUUUUAAUGUAGGAGACAUACUCUUUGUUUAACGCUCACUCUCACAAAAGUUAUGUUUAUGAAAAUCAAUAAGAAAUAUAUAUACUGUAAUGAUCAUGAUGCAGUCAGAACUAAACACUUUUAAAGUCCUACUGAUUUCAAAGGGAGAGAGAAACACAUGCUUAAAAAGAAAAAUUAAGAUUUAAAAGUGCUUAACUGUGCCUUCAUUAUGACCUUUAUUUGUUCUGUUUAUGUACCUACAUAUAAAUUCAUGCAAUAAUCAAAGUGGAACUCUGUUCUGAGUGGUUUAACUGCUCCAAGGAGACUCCAGGUUUCUAGGCAUGGGUUUGGGAUGAGGCAUCAACAAGUGGAAUGAGUGUGCUUAUCACUUAAGUGAAUAAAAAUGCAAUUCUUUUCAGAUAUGACUCAUUGUGGGUCCCCGUGUGUUCUCCCUCUAUUGCUAACUAUUUUAAUGCAUGCAUUCCGCCCAUCCCCUUAUCGCUUACUAAUUCCUCAGUAGUCUGGGUGGGGCCCUUAGUUUUCAGCAGUCAUUUAAAACUAUUUCAUGUCGAUCACUUUUUAAUCUUGCACUCAUCUUGGAAAGGAGGUGAGGUCACAUCUUUAAUUAGUACUACUUCUUUGGAAGGGAGUGCUAUUUGCAGGUUUUUUAAAAAAAAAAUAUGAAAAAUGUUUCUAGCAGUACAUGAGUGUGGGGGUGUGGGGAAAUAUGACAGGGUGGUGUGAAAAUUGAUAGACAGUCCUCAGAUGCUGAUAUGUCUUAAAAGUUAUUUUUUACGGAGCAGAGAACAAAUCAACGGUUCUCGUUAUAUUUGGCGCAACCAAAACAAUGCCAAUUCCCCACAGGUGUGGAAAUCCAUUCAUCUGUGAAAAAGUAAAAAAGUUUGAAGCCCUUUAUAGCUGCUGUGAGCUUUCUGCCCUGUGAAAAGAGUUGUGUGUUCUUUCCCAUUUUUAUUUUCGUAAAACUGCUUAAACAGUCUGGUUUUGUAAAAGGCGCUUCUGUUAUGCUUAGUGCCGUUUAUCAUUUUAUUGCCAAUCUUGGUGGGUCCCCAUACAUUAUUCGCUAUAUUGUUGCACAGCACAAGCAAACCUUUGUCGCUCUCCCUGGAGAGCUAUUUAUAUGGCACGACACUUCCAAGAACUCUACUGGGGAAAAGAAGUCUAUCUUCACACACAGUUGGUGUUGGGUGAGCUUCUAGUGAGGGGCUGAAUUCUGGCAAGAUUCAAGUCUCACAUUGAAUAUUGCUGGUCCUCUUCUCCCUUCACUUCCCAGCCUUCCUGAACCCUGGCCUUCCCUUUAGCAUUUUUGAUGGGAGGCCAAGAAGCCAACAGCAUAUACUGCUUGCAUUUAAAUUUCCUUCAUCAUAUCAGUAUCUGAUCCCAAGUGCUUCUGUUCAAUACUUCCCCUCAUACACACACAGGGCACAGAGCAGCCCUGUCACAACAGCCAUGUCAUGUGAGUAACACAUGAGGAAUGCUGCCCCAAGACGUUUUGCUCCCUAUAGCAGAGUCCAAACCCCCCUGCUUUACCCUACUACGAUUCUGUCAUUCAGGUUCAAUUUGCCCCUUCCUCGAUCCACCCGGAUGGUGCCACUUAAAACAGGUUUCUUCACCCUGCUGUAUGAUUGGUCCAGCUUUGUGUAUGUGCUAGGAAGUAGUGUGUGAUUUAGCGAGGGUGAGGAGGGGGGUCUCUACAUGACGGUUGUUGCCGUGAAGCACCCGGAUCAUAAAGUGGCUUGAAAAAUUCUUUUGGGGGGAGGGGAGUCUGAAUGCACCAAGUCUUAUAUUUGUAUAUUUAGGCAUGCACAAGGACCAAGAGAAAGAUACAGAAGGAUGCAACUCCCUACCUUGAGGGCCUAUGGCUUUGUUUGCCUUCCGUGAUUCCCUUUUAGGUAUCCACAGACAUCACGAACUUAUUAAACAUGGGGAUGAGGACAGUGAUAGUGUCUAUAGCCAAAGCUCCCACCACCCCAGGCAUUCCCAUUUGCUCAUGGGCAGCUUACUGGGCAUUGGCAUGGCCAACCACUCAGAAAGGUCUAGGCAGCUAGUUGAUCUGCCCAAUUCUAAUAUCCACCAUGCAGGUGCACCAUAGAGAUAGUAAAAGGUUAAGAGUGAUCCUCGCAUGCACACUUCCUGGCUCUGCUCGCAAAGCAAGUCUUUGUACAGAGAGCAGGCACGUCCAGUUUUUUUUUAAAAACUAAAAAAUGUUUAGGAGUACGUACUCUCAUUUUCCUACUCAUAUUGAAAUACUGCCCCUCAAUGAGACCAAACUUAGAUUCACAAAAUGUUUAAGGGUAUGCGUACCCCUGCGUACCCCCAGAAAAAAGCACUGGGCAUAUCCAUAGAGAUCGGAAAAAGUAAAGAGUGAUACUUGCACACACACUGUCUGGUUCUGUUUGCAAAAUCCUGGGCGUUUUGGCAAAUUCAAAGCAUCCAAACUGAAAUUUUACCCCCCCCCCCCAAGAAAGAGGACCUGUCUGGGAAAAAGAGGAUGUAUGGCAACCUUAAUCUACUCAGAAGCAAGUCCACUGAGCUCAGUGGGUCCUACUCCCAGGAAAGUGUGUGAUAUUUUAGCCUAAAUUGUAGUGGAAGUAGAAUAUUUAAGAGCAUGUAUUGUGAUAACCUUUUAAAAAAAUACUUCACAACUCUAGCAGGAUAUGUGGGCAAUAAUGCACGAAAGAAUUAGUUAUACCGGGGAAGGCUUAACUUGUUGUCAUGGACUGGCUGGACGCAGAGCAGUGGUGGGUAGGGCUGCCAUACGUCCAGGAUUUCUCGGGCAUUAUCGGGAUUUCAAAGGCAGAAGUGACAUAUGGGGGGGGGGAAUUCCGGAAGGCAGCAGUUUGUCCUAUGGCAACCCUAGUGGUGGGAGGCACCAGCUGGUAAAUCUCCAAGGGAACCCCUAGGGGAAGAAGGCCCAGAGCCAGGGGGAGUGGUGGUGGGACGACAAUGGGUGCUCAGAGGGAGCAGAUUGGGACUAGGAGGUGUCGGAAGCAGAAGAGGCAACAGGGUUUGGCGAGCAGAAAGAGGCUGUGGCAGAGAGCAGUCCAGAAGAGGAGGCUGGAGAGGAGGGAGGCUCAAGAGGCAAGGUGGAGGCAGGCUGCUGAAGAAGCCAAGGAGUCUCCCCCUCCUGCUCUCUCCCAGAACACAGAGAGGAGUGAAGAGGGUGGAGCAAACAGAGACAAGACAAAGGAGCAUCAGGAUGCUGGGGAAGGACCCCGCCGGGAGGCGGAGACUAAGCUGUGGUAAAGUGGCGACCUUCAGUCUUCACAACUGCCUCAUUGGGGCAAGACCUACUCGGGAAGGGUUGCUGUUAUCCCUAGUCCUGCACUGUUUUGGUUCCUUUCAUGGGCGUAGCCAGGAUUUUUUUGGGGGGCAGGACUUUUGUUAGGGGGCAGAACCGACGUGAUUGGUCAGUUAGUUAAGUAUUUCUAUUGUUUUACUUGUUCUACGGCUGGCAGCUGACCCCCCCCUUAGCUACACCCAUGGUUCCUUUGAAUAAACUUCACUGACACCAGGUGUUUUCUUGCUGACCUGACUCCAGCUCCUGACACCUGUGGCCAUUCAGGUGUUAUUGGACUCAAAAUUCCCACUAGCCCCAGCCAGCAUGGCCACCAACCUGCUCCGGUGUUUGUAAUUUGUUUUAUUUUUAUUUUCUUAUAUUUAUGCCCCUGUUUCUUCUGUCAUGGGCUCCAAGGCAGUGUACCCAUGGCUUCCCAAUAGUCACACAUCCAGGCACUGACCAGAACAAAUUAUGCUUAACUUCAGCAAGGUGGUGCCCUCAUGUGCCUUUGAACUGUACCAUAGGAUUUUAAAUGUAAAGACCAAUACAUUUCUUGUUGGCAAUUAGUUUUGCCAGAGAUGUAUGGUAGCUAAAGAGGGUCAGGCAGAAUUGGCUUCAGAGACAGAUUUGGCUUAGGGUCUAUGAGUGCUGAUCACUAUUUUCGAUCACAGGGCAGUCCUGUGUAUUGAAUCGUGAGAGCCAAACAAGAAAUAUGAAAAUGCAUCUCACUGUUAAGAGAUGAUUAUUUGAGAUGUUGGUACUUUUUCCAGCACCAAGUGUCAAAGUGGAAAUAGAUCAUGAUCACACUUGUGUAUUACCUGCUAAUAAGGUGUAAAUGCAAAUUUCAUGGCCAUGUAGCGUUUUUUGUCUUUAUUCCAAACAGGCAUCAUCCAGCAUAUUGAACGAAAUGUGGCGAGAAUGGUCUUAAAUAAUGCAACAUGGAAAACAUUACGAAUUUCUUUUGCUUUCUGGAUUCCAAGCAUUCCCAAACCUUGCCGUCAUGUUUACAAACAGCUGCAAAACAAUUAGGUCUAGAAAUGUUUUUUGUUUUUAAAUGAGAAGCUGAGAAAUUGAGGAUUCUAACAGUCUACAGAACGAGUGCAUUCAAACAAUCUCUUCUUCAUAGGAGUUUUCUGCCUGCUCUCUUUCUAAACUUAUCUAUGGGACGUCUCGAACCAUUGCAAUGUAGCUGUAGAAGGUCAUAAUUAUUAUCUCAAGAAAUCUUGCAUUAUUAUCCCUAAAAAGUGGGAUAACCCUCUUUCCCCCUUUUUAUUUAUUAAUUGUUGUUGCUUGCCAGCUGUACAAGAUGUUAGACCUAGUCAUUAACCCAUAUGUGACCUUCUAUAUUCAACUGAUUUUCAGACAGGGACAGAACAGUAACUCUAGCCGGCAAUGUGAACCCUCCUAUAUUUGUAAUUAUGAUUUUGAGAGUGUAAUGGCUGCACUAAAUCCUCUCCCUUUUUGCUCUGCAGCCGCUGUUGUGACAAGAAAAGCUGCGGCAACAGAAAUGAGACUCCUUCAGAUCCAGUGAUAAUUGACAGGUAAGGGCUGCUAUCCUUUUCCUUGAAUUUAUUCGAGCUAUUUGUGGUGUGUGUGGUAGUUGGUUUUCUUUUUGUGGGGUGGGGGGACGACGACUCCUCAUUAUAAUGAAACACCUGCCUUGUGUUGCUAAUGGGCAAAGAGUGAUGUGCGUCCGUGGGCGUAAUUUUGUCGUUCAUAGGGAAUUAGUGAUGCUAUAAGGUUUUGAUUUUUGUGGAAAGGCCAUAUGGAAUGUAACUGUGAGUGGAGGCUCUGUGGAGCGUUCUGGUGCUCGUCUCUGAUUCAUGCUCCUAAAGGGGGACAUUUUUCUCUGCAACUUUCUGCGCCUCGAUUCGCAUGCUGUGCCUGGGAAGCUUCGGGAAUAUAAAAUAAUAAUAGUUUGUGAUUUAUGAAAUGUGGUUGGGUGCUUAUAAAUAUUUAACUUUUUACUUUGAAAAAUGUUUGAAUCAUUAUCACUUUUUAGCUACAGUAGUUCCCUUGGAUGCAAUCUAUCUAAAUUGUAAGGUUUGUUUUAUUUUAUUUAUGCAUUAAGAUAUCUGAAAACUAAAGAUUCCUCUGCCCCCCCCUUUCUCACCAACCCCCCCACCCCCGGAUUCCAGCUUGUUUUCUUUGGUUUGAGUGCAAUUUUGAUUGUAUUGUCAGUUGAUUAAUUCAUUUUGCCUGUCUUAAUUAUUACGGUUUCUAAACCGAUCCAAAUUACUAAUCUGACAUGACCGAAUAAAUCACUGUAGAACAAUAAAUUCGCUGGAGUUGUUCUGUGCAAUUUGCACUCGGCAGACUUGCAAAUUAGGCAACGCUGUAGCCAAAGAGUCACUUUUACAUUUUAAUUAUUGAAGCUCGUCAUACAGAAACAUAUGAUAAACUGUUACGAUGUCGCAUUACUUUGUGAGAAUUAAGUGACCACGCAAGGCUGAUACUGUCCAUUAUCAGUUAAGAGAAGGAGUACUAUAUCAUUGUGGUGUGGAACUCUGCCUCUUGCUUUGCUGCCUGAGUUAAUGUUCACAACGUUCAAUUCAUCCUCUUUGUUGGAUUGCUCAAAAAGUGCCGUGUGACGUCGGAGCAAGGUGGCAUUCUGUUAUGCAGUGACUGGAAAGGCAUGAUUGAUAAGCCAUUGUAUUUAUGUAGUUUUAUGUCUUUGGUAUGGCUUUUGAAACAAGAAGUUAUGCUUUCAUGGCAAAUGUCUUUGCAAAUUAUUCCUGAGUUAGUUUACAGUACGGUAGCAGUGAAUUUAUACUGCAUACUUGCAUUGCUGAAGAGCGUUAGGUGAACACAGGAGAGCACAAAAGUAAUUAAUUAAUGUGUCUGUUGUGUAUUCAAGGUGUAUUAUAGUCUGAUGGGGUAUUAAAGAUGGCACUUACAGUUGCAUGGAAAAUUUAUAUGUCUCCUACAUGGUUCUUAACAACGAGAUAGAUACUGAACCUGAAAUGUGUGUGGUUCUACCUACAUAUAGAUGUGCUGGCUGUGGUUCAUUUUAGGAAUAAAACCAUUGGCAUUGACUGCAUUUUGGACAAGCAUAUUUCAGCUUAGUAAGCCAAGAGACGAACAAGCAUUUUGCCUAUGCGUGAAGAUCCUCCCUUCAUAUUGCAAGAAGUCAAAUUGCAAAAUCUAUAAUUAACCACAACUUCUCAUUUUGUCCAAGCUGAAGAAAAAAUGGUUAUAAGCUUUGGAGCAAGUGAGGGGUGCUAAACCAACUUCAAAUUGUGGUUUCAUAUCCUGGCAUGUUUCAAAGCCAUGGUUUCUUGGAAAUGAAUGAUUGGCAAACUAUGGUUAAUUAGGUUUGCUAUUUUGCUUCUGUGGAUAGGCAAAAGCUGUUCAUCUCUUGACUUACUAAGCUGAAAUCAGUCAUCUGAUCCAGGCACCCUCGUCUGCAUAUUGUUCCUCUUCUUAGUAGUUUUGGACAACUUGGGUCAUACGGUACUUCACCAGCAUUACAGAACUUUGCGCUGAGGCAGAUUAAAAGCUGGAAUUUGGUUUGUGGAACUGGGCUCUAUUAAACUUUGCCUCACCACACAUUUUGAGUGUGAACUGGUUAAUCUUUUAAAAUUCUUCCCUUGGUUUUAAGUGGUGACUUUGAUAUGGAAGGUUGAUAUGACUGUGGUUUGAAUAACAUCUGAUUUUGACCCGCUCCUUUGGGUUGCAGUGGCAUAAGAAAUUUGACUCAGCUGUGCUGUAAUUAGCCUUCCCUGUGUUUUUGAAACAGGAUUGAGUUACCUGGAUCGCAUUAGUGUGGCUUCUAUUGUUGCCGCUUAGCAUCUGUCCCAGUAGGGUACUUAAAACCUUUUUCUUGGCCAGGGCUAGUUCAAACAAUUUAGGCAAAAUAAAGUAUGCGCUUUGUACAGCUAGUGGCUCUGGUGAUGUUACUAGUGACAUUUACCCUGUGCAUAUUAUUUCCCCCUUGGCUUAGAAAAGCAUAAAGCAAUCUAUAUGAAGUCUGUGUUUUAAACAGAGUACUUUACAAAUUGUUUUAACAUUAAAAAGCCGUCACGAGCUGGAACAUAUGUUGAGUUGCACUCUGCUGUCACUCUGGCGUGCAUAAAAUUGUAAGCUAUUAUGCCAAUUGAUAUGCAAAACCAUAUUUAGCUAUUUUUUAUUUGCAAGUGAUCCUUCGCAGGACACAUUUGGGGAGAGGGAGAGAGUUUGCAAAGAUGUUCUCUGAUGCCCAGCAGACUGCUCAGUCUUGUAUUUGACCUGUAUUUAUAGAAUGGGCACCUUAAAUGCUACAUUUAAGUAGGCAAGGAUCACAUUUGAAUCAUAGACAUGUUUCCUUAUGGGGAUUACUACUUCUUUGCUAUAUCUGCAGAAUACGGUUUUUCAAAUGUCUGAUCAAGAAGGAUACUUACGAUUUUUACACAUACACUCUAAAUGAUAUUAGAGCAUGUCUGGAAAAUUUUGAAUGACAGUAGCCACAUGUGAGUAUUGACAAUUCUGGACAAUUGCGAAUCUCUGAAAAUUCAAAGAUACACUGGUGAAUAUAGGCAGCUUAAAAGCGAUUACAUUUGUGUGUUAUGAAAAGUGGGGAUAUAUGACACAUGUAAAACCUUUGUACCUACAGAGUUGUAUAACAUGCUCUUUUGCCUCCAAUUAUCAUUUAUAUUCAUUUAUAAUAGUCAGAAUGAACUGGAGCCAUUUAAUCAUAAAUGUAGAGUGUUGGAACAGCCUCCGCAGAUGCACUGGGAAAUGACUUUGUAUUUAGAGGAGCACGUUUUGAUUGCGAUCAAAAUGACCUUAGGAAAUUUUCUAUACUCUAGAGAUCUGUCUUCCCUCCAUACUGUGGCAUCAAUCUAUUUUUCUCAUAGGCAGUUUGUAUUACAGAACAAAAGAAUUUGCUUUAUAUCAAGGCUUUAUACCAUUGGUUCAUAUAGCCCAGUAUUGUAUGGCUGGCUCCAGGCUUGAGGGGAACGUGGGCAAAGUGUCCCCUCUCUAUCGGUGUGCCUUAUCACCUGGCUACCAUGAUAGCACUUCAAGGAGUGCUGUUUUGCUAGAUUUAGUUACCCUUUAAAUUCCCCACAAUUCCUCAGAGUGACAAAAAGUUUGGGGCAUUGAGAGAAAUUAAAGUGGUGGCUUGAUACAGUCAUCUGGCGCUGCUCCAAAUGCCACAUCAGAUGGUGGUGUGGUGGUUGGGAAUUAAGGUUGGAGACGAGUAGGUACUGGGGUCCUGUCAGCUGCUCAAGGAUGCCAGACACAGGCUAUGAAUACUGUUUAUGUUGGUCCUUCCCAACCCUACCAGAGUUACCAGGGUAUUUGCUUUUGCCACAGAGUACUGCUGAGUUAUGGCCUCAGUGUGUUUGUGUUGCGCACGUGCGCGCGCACACACACACACACACACACACACACACAGAUGCCUUAGAGAUGCUGUAAAAUAAUCUCCAACACAAUCACACAGAUUAAAAUAAAAGCCCUAGGGCUACUUUAAAUGAAAUCAUUGCACUAGUGGGCUUUCCCCCCUCUAGUGUGCCCCAUAGCCUCCCCAAACCUGCUCCAGAGGGUCAGGAGAACCCCCAGAACAGUGCAAGGGAGGAGGAGAGGAGAUACUGUUUGGUUUGCACGAACAGAAAUGCUUGUACAGUACUGACACAAGAAUCUCCUGAGCACUACACUGAACGCAGCCCAGUAUCCCCAAUGAAUGACAUUUGUUGCCUUGGCACAAGGUGUGCUGGUAACAGCUUUCCCCCAUGCCCCAACUGGCCCUCAUGUGUUCCCUGUCUUGCUUAGUUCAUUUUACAACAGGAUGAUACAGUUUACAUUGUACAGAAAGUAUAGCAAAAUGAGAUAGGGCGUAACAUCUAUUUUAAGGUAAAUUAUCAUUUUUUAAGUGGAAGGUGCAUGCAUCCCCCUAAAAGCACCUGCAAGUUCAUGGAGAUGUGGUGGGGACGAGUCUUUGGAGGAAGCGAGUGCGAUGCAAAAAAAUUCAGGGUGCAACAAUUUCUGUUACAAGUGACACUGUGUGCAUUCAGCCUAGUAGUAGC